GAACAGGAAAAGAAGGCAGCGCGCCCCGCCAUCCCCCCCAAGCCCCGCCUCGGGGCCCCUCGGGGGGGGCGCCCUGCCUGCGCCCCGCGGGCGGCGCGCGUAGUUAGUAAAUGACAGCAAAGCGCCGACGUCGCUUCACGCUUCCUUGCCCGGGGGGGUUCAUUCGUUUCGGGGCGAGUUACAGACUACAAUCGACAUCGCCCCCAAAGAAAGAGGCCCCCACGACCACCCUACGCGCGCUCCUUGACCCAACCAGCGCGGCCCUUGGUGGCAAGCUCGACAAACAACACGCGGCGGCCUGUAUUGGCCAGGUGCCUCGCGAGAUACUGCGCCACGCGGAGGCGACGGGGGCCGAAUGCGAUGCGGCGCAGACACGACCGAGGUUGUCGGACGAGGUGAGGAGCGCGCUCCAGCAGGAGCUUGCGCGUGAAUUCCCGGACUGGUGUCGCGAUUUCGCGUCGCAGUUAUGGGGGCGGACUUUUAUCCCAGAGACAAAACCUGCCGCCCCAACCCCCGCGCGCGCCUUCCUCUUCGAGUUCCCUCCGCAUCCUCCUCGCCCCGCCUCGGAGAAGCAACCGCAGCCAGCCGGCGCGCGGGGAGUUGGCUCCGGGGUCGUGCUUGCCGGGGUUGUGGGGCCCUGCCUUCCCU